AUGAAUGAAGAGUGUUAUGCUCUUUUUCGUGAGCCAUCAAUGGUGGUUUUGCUAGCAGCCAUGGAGAAGGAGUUUGUUGCUUUUCGUGAUGAGCUCAAGAAGAUGGCACAAUAUUGGGAGGAUCAGACAGCUAGUUGGAGUAAGAAGAUGAGGACGUGGAAGAUGGAGAGGGAGACGGCAAAGACGGUAAGAAGGGUGAAGAGAUCAACCCAACCGGCUAAACAAAUUGUGGAGGUAGCAAGGGAUACGCAGGUUCGUGAGGAAUCUCGUCGACAUGCGACUUCACCAUUCAAACGAUAUGCAACGUCACUUACGUAUCGCUCUUCCAAAGUUUUAAAUAAAAAAAGAUCACUGUUUACUCGAAUUCAAAUGUUUUCAUCGUCUUCUUCUACUACCCCCCAAAAGUUCGAUGUCUUUCUGAGUUUCAGAGGCAAGGACACUCGCAGAAUCUUCAUCAGCUUUCUCUACAAAGAACUCAUUCGAAUGAGUAUUCGAACUUUCAAAGACGACGUUGAACUCAAGAGUGGCCGUCGUAUCUCUUCAGAUCUCCUUAUGGCCAUCGAAGGUUCCAAGAUCGCCGUCGUGGUUGUCUCCAAGAAAUAUCCUGCCUCUCCCUGGUGUCUCCAUGAGCUAGUGAAGAUCAUGGACGUCGAGAAACAAGGUUCCCUCACCGUUAUGCCAAUCUUCUACAACGUCGAGCCUUCUCAUGUAAGGAGACAGAUCGAAAAAGUCGCUGAACAGUUUACAAAACAUGAAGGGAGGGAAGAUCAUGAGACUGUUGUGUCAUGGAGGCAAGCUUUGACCAACUUGGCUAGUGUCUCUGGCCAUUGUUCUCGUGAUUGGGAAGAUGACUCGAAGCUAGUUGAUGAGAUUAUUCAGAGAAUAUCAAACAUGUUGUUACUCUCUGCAACACCAUCAAAUGAUGGUAUCAGUUACCAGCUUGGGAUUGACGCACACAUGAAAGAGCUGUAUCCAUUAUUAGCUUUGAAUUCUAAUGAAGGUGUAAGACUGAUUGGAAUAUGGGCAAGAGGAAGCAGUGUAAGAUCAGCUCUAGCUAGAUUCGUCUACAAGAAAAUCCACAAGAAGUUCCAAAGCAAAUGCUUUCUCGAAAACGUCAAAGGGAUUCCUCAAGAUUGUCAAAUGUCGAAUCUUAGAGAAGAGUUUCUAAUACGGAUUCAAGGAGGGUACUCGACGAUGAAGACCUCUGGGUUGAUCAGAACAAGGCUCAUGAGUCAGAGAGUUCUGCUUGUGGCUAACAACGUUGAUAAACUCGAACAGUUAGAUGCUCUUGCAGAAGACUUUAACUGUUUUGGUCCUGGUAGUAUAGUUAUCAUAACUACACAUGACAAACAGCUUCUUGUUGGGUUUGGGAUAAAGGUUGUGUAUGAAGUUGAGUGCUUGAGAUGCUUUGAAGUUCGUCAACUCUUUCGUCAGUCCGCCUUUAGAGAGAGAGACCUUUAUGAUUGUUCCGAGUUGUUUUCGACGAUAUCAGGGACUGAUCUUGAAUAGUAACUCUGUCUCUGAUCAUGGAACGGUUAGGUUCGUCUUAGAGUCACUUAAUAGACGUGAGCUCUUUGCUUAUUAUACAUAUUAGAAAUAGGAGUUUGUGACUUGUCUAUAUUAGCUAGUGUACAAAAGGUAUUAUAUCCACGGUUGAUCCAAUACCAAGCCACGGAGAGCUCUAUUAUUUUAGUCAUUGAGCUUCUCUGUCUUGGUAUAAUGAAUCAUUGGGCACUCUCUCUCCGUCUCUUCAUGUCACACUGUUAUACUCUGCGUUUGUCUUAGUGCCUUUGUGAUUACAUCACCAUUCAUUAGAGAGCCCAGCAUAUUGUGUUAAUUCUUCUAAUAGACGAGAGCUCUCUGCAU